ACACGGAAGUAGCGAGUCUGCCAUGCAAACAACCGUCUCAUGUCGGUGGAAGAUCCUCGCUAGUCGUUGACUUCUGGGCCGGUGUACAGGCGCUGACUUGAUGAACUCGGGCUCUGUGGACGCCUGAUAUACACAAAAGGUGACCAUGACUCAGGCUGAGAAGGAGCAGGACAGCGGGAAGGAGAAGGAGAAGGAGCGAGAGAAGGAGAAAGAGAAAGAGAAGGAGCAGCAGCGCGGGGUGAAGAGACCCAUCGCUCCACCAGCCAUCUCGGACCCGCUUCAGGAGCAAAUUCAGAGCAAUUUUAUAGUUGUCAUCCACCCUGGCUCAAGGACACUCCGUAUUGGCCGAGCAACAGACACACUUCCAGUGAUGAUCCCACAUGUGAUAGCACGCAGACACAAGCAAAGUGGACAGCCCAGAUAUGAAGAUGCCUUGCUGCUGAGGGAAGGUCUCAAUAAACCAGAGAGUAAAGAACAGAGGCAGAAUGGACUUAAAAUGGUCGACCAGGCCAUCUGGUCCAAGAAGAUGUCCAACGGAGUGCGGAGGACUCCUGUGUCUGCUGAACAGGCCAGAGCGUAUAAUUGUCAGAUCCGCCCAGCAGUACUCGACAGCGGCUCCAGGGUGAAGUGGACCAACACAACCCACCAGCCUCCUCAUCUAGUAGGGGAGGAGGCUCUUAAUGUGAAUCCAUCCGACUCUUACAACAUCCACUGGCCUAUAGUCAGAGGUCAGCUCAAUGUGCACCCCGGACCGGGAGGCUCACUGACCGCUGUCCUGUCUGACCUUGAGGCCAUUUGGAGUCACGUCCUUCAAAAGCAUCUUGAGAUCCCCCUCAAAGAUUUAAAGUAUUACAGAUGCAUCCUUCUGGUCCCUGAUAUCUACAAUAGGCAGCAUAUCAAGGAAGUUGUCAACAUGCUGCUGCUUAAUAUGGGCUUCUCAGCGAUCAUUGUGCACCAGGAGUCGGUGAGUGCUACAUUUGGCAGUGGGUUAAGCAGUGCUUGUGUCGUGGAUGUAGGAGACCAGAAGACCAGCCUCUGCUGUGUAGAGGACGGAGUGUCCCACCGGAACUCCAGGUUGUGUUUGGCAUACGGUGGCUCAGAUGUGACCCGUACUCUCUUCUGGCUCCUGCAGAGGGCAGGUUUCCCCUACAGAGACUGUCAGCUGGGCAGCAGACUGGACUGUCAGCUACUGCAACAGCUAAAAGAGACCUUCUGCCAUCUAAACCAAGACAUAUCAGGACUACAAGACCAUGAAUUCCAGACACGUUUCCCAGAAUCCCCAGCUCUGCUCUACCAGGUUCGCCUAGGGGAUGAGAAAUUACAGGCACCCAUGGGACUUUUCUACCCAACCACAUUUGGCAUCGUAGGACAAAAGAUGUCUUCACUCCAGUACCGUUCCCAGGGUGACGCGGAGGACCCUCACGAUGAACACUACCUGCUGGCUACACAGAGCAAACAGGACCAGUCCUCCAAAUCGGCUGGAGACCGUAAGGGUAUCUCCAGACCAGGUGGGGCUUUGGAUGGUGAGAUGAGCAGUCAAGGAGGCAUUGGAGAUCUCUCUGACUUGCCUAGGGGCUGUGGGAGUGGUGGCGGUGGAGGAGGGAUGCAGGGGGAGAUGGAGCUUGGGCCUGCCCAGGGGGAGCUCCUGAUGGGGGCAGGGGACAUAGACGAGCCCCUGUCUGCCCACCUCUCCAGGAAGACUGCAAUCAUGAACCAGUUUGAGAGCAAAGCACUGGGCCUGGAUAAAGCCAUCCUGCAUAGCAUCGACUGCUGUGCAUCAGAUGAAACCAAACGCAAGAUGUACAGCUCCAUCCUGGUAGUGGGAGGGGGGCUCAUGUUUCCCGGUGCUCAGGAGUUCCUGCUACACCGCAUUAUCAACAAGAUGCCACCCUCCUUCAGAAGGCUGGUGGACAACGUGGAAGUUAUCACACGGCCAAAGGACAUGGACCCUCGUCUAAUAUCGUGGAAGGGGGGAUCAGUGCUGGCGUGUCUGGACACCACCCAGGAGAUGUGGAUCCACCAGAGGGAGUGGCAGCGCUUUGGUGUCCGAAUGCUCCGCGAGAGAGCUGCCUUCGUCUGGUGAAACCAAACACAUUUUGCUUUGAAUCUAACUCAGAUGCUCCUUAAAGACAAGGUGACACACAUGGUGAAUCUUUCCUAAGGAGAGAGGUGUUUCUGGAGUUGAUCAUGGACAUGCAAAAGUACGAAUUUGUUCUAAAAUCAAACGACCAGAAAAACCUGGCGGGUCGAAAUGAUACAACUCUCCAUUACACGAUCAAAUAAGAAGCAUUUUUACAGAAGCGGAAGUUAAAAUCAAUGUAAAAUCUCUGCGGAUAAAGGGAAAGUGUUGAUAUCAUCAAUUUGUCAGUUACAGCGCUGCUAACACCAAACAAUAAUUUUUGUUGUUGUUGUUAGCUGCUUCUUGCAUUAAAAAUUAAGAGGUUAUGAUUGUUGUGUGAUGUUUGAACAGACUUUAAUAGGAAAGGGAGUUUACCUGUUAGUAUUCUGUAAAUAUUACUGCGAUUUGCCCAUGUGUUUGGGAAUUUUUGAACUUUGUAAAUAAAUGUGUGGCACUUUGA